GGAAGAUCGACCUUUUCAAAGCAUGAGGUGUUGCGGCGGGUGCAUGCCAGGAGCUGCCUUCGUUGGUCAAGGCGUGCUUGCGUGCUGCUGUCCUUGUGUGUCGUUGGCGCAGAUCAGCUCCCGACUCGACAUCAUUGGAGGGUACUAUGGCGUGCUUUGUGGUUCGUGUGGUGCUGUUGUCGGGGCAUUAGCUGCGAUUGUGGCAAACGUGCGAAGCCAAAGCAUUUUGUCAGAUCCAUCACUUCAUUCUACAUCGUCGGCCGACGACAGUUUGCAAGCACCAUUUGGUAUCGCGACGCUGUCGUUGGCCUGCUCGGUCGCGCUCGUUGUCUAUACCACGCUGCUGCGAGAACAUCUGCGCCAAAGGCGGGGAAUCAAGAGCUCAAUCGUGGCCGACUACUUGUGCGCGGCAUGCUGCCCUUGUUGCUGCAUUGCACACAUGGCGAUCGAGGCGGGGACCCCAGAAAGCUACAAAUCGUGCCCCAUCGGUCCAUGUGCAGUUCUUCCUGCUUACGAACCAAAGUAACGUCAGUACAUCAUCCACGGGAGUUUUGCCAUCACGCAUCUUUUGAUCCAUGAGGUCAUGUACAGCGCCGGCAAAGGCUUUCAAAGUCAUGACCCUUCAACUCCUCCGCAAAAGAAGCAUUACGUCCACAACUAAAUUAACCGACUACUUUGAGAUGA